AUGACCCCGAAACCAAAAGUUGCCUUCAUCGGCCUCGGCGCCAUGGGCCUGGGAAUGGCCCUGCACCUGCUCGAGACCGGGUACACCGUCAGCGGCUUCGACGUGAACCCUAACGCCGUCGAGGCCCUAAAAGCCAGGGGCGGAAUCGCUGCCUCGAGUCCACGAGAUGCGCGGUCGACGCCUCAUUCCUCAUCUGCAUGGUCGCCAACGCAGCGCAGACGGAUCAAGUCCUAUUUGCGGAUUCUGCAAGUUCCGUUGGAGGAACGGUUUCGGGUGGACUUUGCGAGACUGGAUGUGCGGGUUGUCGAUUGCCCUGUCUCAGGGGGCACGGUGCGCGCCGCAAAUGGCACACUUACAAUCCUCUGCUCGGGCGCCUCUGAAGCCCUAACAGCAUCCGAACCCGUCCUCGACUCAAUGUCUGAAAGUCGCUACGUAAUCGCCGGCGGCCUCGGGAGCGCAAACAAAGUGAAACUCGUGAACCAGCACCUCGCAGGCGUGCAUAUCGCUGCCGCAGCAGAAGCAAUGGGUCUCGUUGCGCGUCUGGGAUUGAAUACGCGGGUAUUCCAUGAUGAAGUGUUGGGGAGUAAAGCGACGAGCUGGAUGUUUGAGAAUCGCGUCCCGCAUAUGCUCGCUGAUGACUGGACGCCGCAUUCUGCCUUGGGGAUUUUUGUCAAGGAUAUGGGAAUCGUCACGACAGAGGGCUUGAGCCAGAAUAUCCCUCUCUGGCUCGCUUCUUCCGCUGAGCAGCUGUAUCUCCUCGGUGCGCAGAUGGGGUAUGACCGCGAAGACGACUCGGGUGUUGCGAGGGUCUUCACUCCAAACAGUCCCUCGCGUGUGUCUACCUCGACGCAGACGGCGAGAAGUUUCAAUGACUCAAAAAUGUUUGAACAGGUCAAGAGUAUGCUCGAGACUGUCCAUACCGUUGCAGCAAUCGAGGCCCUGUCUCUGGGUAACAGUCUUGGGUUAUCAGCUCAUGAACUCGUGUCGAUUAUUUCCAAUGCUGCUGGUGCGAGCGAGGCGUUUAGAACCGUUGCACCGCUAGUCAUAGCGGGUGAUUUCAGCUCGGGGCCUACCAUUACAGAGACAAGGGAGAAGCUUAAAGAAAUCGUCCUAAUAGCUAAACGCCUCCGCUACCCCCUCCACCUCGCCGCAACAGCACUUACCCUCUACGAUCUCGCUGUUGUCCAGGGCCUGGGCGACGAAGGAAACGCCGCACUCUCCAAAUUAUGGGCGCAGCAGCCCUCAUCCUCACCAAAGAGCAAGAGCAAGAAAUUGGAACCAACAAAAUACUCUACCCUCCCCAAAUCCUCCACACUAGCAUCCCUCCCUCCCAUCACACAUAGCACAGAGAGCCUCCUCGAGGAAAUCCAAUCCAGCCUCCGCGAGACAAACACAAAGUUAGUGAUACUAGACGACGACCCGACAGGUACACAGACAUGCCACGAUAUCAACGUGCUAACGAUGUGGGACGUCGACCUCCUCGUGACGGAAUUCGAGUCGGAGUCGAAGGGAUUCUUUAUUCUUACGAACAGUCGCGCACUCGCACCAGAUGAAACGCGCUCUCUCGUCUCGGAGGUCCUAGCCAACGUGGGUCAGGCAGCGUCAAUCACGAACCAAAAGUUUGAGGUAGUCCUGCGCAGCGACUCUACGCUUCGCGGGCAUUUCCUGGAGGAACUCGAGUCCCACAUCGAGACAAUCGGGUCUCCGGACGCAUGGAUCUUUGCUCCCUUCUUUGAGCCUGGUGGGAGGCUUACGAUUGGGGAUGUGCACUAUGUCGCUGAAGGCGACACCCUCGUCCCGGCGGCUGAGACGGCUUUUGCGAAGGACAGGUCGUUUGGAUAUGCUUCUUCGAAUCUGAGGGAGUAUGUGCUUGAGAAGGCCGGUGGGAGGUUUACGAGAGAAGAUGUUGUUUCUGUGAGCUUGGAGGAUAUCAGGCUGGGUGGGAUCGAGGCGGUGUCCGCCAAGCUCCUGUCAGUGCCCAAGGGGGGCAUAGUGGUUAUGAAUGCUGCCGCGGAUGAGGAUAUGCUGCUAUUCUGUCUGGCACUGCUUGACGUGCAGAAGAAACACAACCUCCGCUUCGGCUACAGAACAGGAGCCUCAUUCGUCUCCAGCCGCCUCGGGAUUCCACGCAAGAAUGCUAUGAAGCCUAGCCAGCUCCGGCUCGCUGUGUCAAGCGGCGCUACGCAGGCGGGUGGAUUUAUCGUCGCAGGGUCAUACGUUCCCAAGUCCUCUCGACAGCUCGAGACACUGAUCCGGCGACGCGGGUCCGGGCUGGAUGUUCUUACAGUCGACGUGCCAGGGCUACUUGCAGAAGCAGCAACUCAACCUGAUAUCACGACAACGUUGCGGAACUCGAUUGCUCUACGUGUAAUUAUUGAGCGAGUUUCGACCACGCUAGCGGCAGGCAAAGACGUCCUGGUCAUGACGAGUCGCGAACUGAUGACGGUCGACACCACUUCCUCCUCUACAAGAAAACUAACAAACCUCGAAAUCAACACCCUCGUUGCGCAAUCCCUCGUAUACAUCCUGCGCAACCUAACGAUCCGCCCCCGGUAUCUGCUGGCAAAAGGCGGCGUGACCUCCUCGGACGCCGCGACGGCCGGGGUGUGUAUCAAGCGCGGGAGAGUACUGGGACAGGCGGCGCCAGGGGUGCCAGUUUGGUGGGCGGAGAGGGAGGAGGAUGUGAAGGGGUUGUCUGAGGGGGGAAGGGAGGAGGGCAAGUGGACCAAGUUGCCGCUUAUUGUUUUCCCAGGCAAUGUUGGAGACGAAGACACUUUGGCGGAUGUUGUGGAGGGGUGGGCAGUUGUGUAG